GUUGGUUCGUCGUUUCCUCCCAGAAAGAUCAUUUCUUCCCGGCUCUGUUUUUGGCCUCUGAAACCCUAAUCCGAAGCAGAAUCGUCGAUCUCGAUGGCAGGGAACGGUCCCAUCACGCAAGACUGGGAGCCCAUUGUGAUCCGCAAGAAGGCGCCCACCGCCGCUGCCAAGAAGGACGAGAAGGCCGUCAACGCCGCCCGACGCAGUGGAGCCGAGAUCGAAACUGUCAAGAAGUCUACCGCUGGUACGAACAAGGCCGCUUCUAGCAGCACUUCUCUGAAUACGAGGAAGCUCGACGAGGAGACUGAGAAUCUUACUCAUGAGCGAGUGUCAAGCGAACUGAAGAAGAACAUUAUGCAAGCUCGACUGGGUAAGAAGUUAACCCAGGCUCAACUUGGACAGCUAAUUAAUGAGAAGCCCCAAGUGAUCCAAGAAUAUGAGUCAGGAAAGGCUAUUCCAAAUCAACAGAUAAUUACCAAACUAGAAAGGGUGCUUGGAGUGAAGCUUCGAGGUAAAAAGUAGUAGACACCCAGCAUUUGCCUGCCUAUGACGAGUCUCGGUUAACAGUGCUAGGGUGUUGUGUGUUUCAGUACUUUUGUCUGGUACAUGCAUGUGUGUGUGUGUGUAUGCUUUGCAACUGAUGUGUUUGUUUCCGAAGUUGUUAUGUCCGACUUCCUAUUUCUUUGGCAUCGAUGGAACAUAUAAUGUAGCAUGUUUUCGGUUAUUUUA